CAGCCCGCCACGUAAAGCGAUGGGCACACAAAUUCAUACAAAUAUCCAAAACAGUGCUCUUUGAUUUGACCACGCGACGGAACAGUGCGAACCCAACACGUACUGCGCAAGUUAUCUCCCUCCAUUUCGACUUUUCCUUUUCUUCCCCUUCUAUCUUCUCUCUUCUCUUCUCCAUCGCAGAACCAGUUUCCACGGAGAAAGUACACACAGUUUUAACCUAAUUGUUUCGCUUACUCGAAGGUCUGGGUUUGGAGUGAAGUUGUUUUCAAAGUCAUUAUGAUACUGUACUCCUAGAGGCAUUGCAGCUUUUACCGAAAAUGGCUAUUUCUGGUUCUUUGUUAAUGUCCCGUGAUUUGGGAAUUCACAGUGAUUAUAGAUACAAUAACCGACCUAAGGGUAGGAUAGGCAAGGGCAGCUUACUGUUGUUCAGCUUUUCUCAAUCAUCACAUGCUUUGCUUCAGCAACAGGAUGCUUGGACUCACCAUCUUUUAAACCGCGUUCGUGGGCCAAAAAUUUAUCUAUCUUCGAGAUGCAAUGUUUUCCGGUGCCGAUCGUUUCUAGUACCAAGCGGAGGCAAUGGGAUUCCUGUUUUAAAAACUGCUGCCACAGCACUAACGAGAUCAUGUAAUUCUUUACAUGGAAGCCCCGUUGUACUUCAGUUGGUUCCAGCAGUUGGUAUAAUUGUGUUUGCUGCAUGGGGUCUUGGGCCGCUUAUGCGUCUGACCAGGACUCUUUUCCUUCAUAAGAGUGACAGUAGUUGGAACAAGAGUAACACAUGCUAUGUAAUGAUCUCGUAUUUUCAACCUCUUCUACUAUGGACUGGAGCAACACUCAUCUGCAGAGCAUUGGAUCCAGUAAUUUUACCUACAGAAGCAAGCCAAGCUAUCAAGCAACGACUUUUGAGUUUUGUUCGAUCAUUAUCUACGGUGCUAGCCUUUGCAUACUGUCUAUCAAGCUUCAUCCAACAAACUCAAAAAUUCGUAAUGGAGACAAAUGACUCUAAUGAUGCAAGAAAUAUGGGCUUCCAAUUUGUUGGGAAAGCUGUAUAUACUGCAGUAUGGGUUGCUGCUGUUUCAUUGUUUAUGGAAUUGCUUGGUUUCUCUACCCAGAAGUGGCUUACUGCUGGGGGUCUUGGCACAGUAUUGCUCACCCUUGCUGGACGUGAGGUACAAACUUUUUCUGAUUCAUUGCAUUCUAGAUUUUUUUUUUUUUUUUUUUUUUUUUAUUGCAGCUACUCACAUGAACAUAAUGAUUAUUUUAAAUUGUUUCAGCAUGUGGGCUGGUGGUCCCCAACAAUCAUACGAGGUGAUGAUCGGGAAGCGAUUCACAUUCCAAACCACAAAUUCACAAUGAAUGUGGUGAGGAAUCUUAGCCAGAAGACUCAUUGGCGCAUCAAAACCUACCUUGCUAUCAGUCACUUGGAUGUGAAUAAGAUUAAUAAUAUUGUAGCUGAUAUGCGCAAAGUUUUGGCCAAGAAUCCUCAAGUAGAACAGCAAAGGUUGCAUAGAAGAGUGUUUCUGGAAAAUAUUAAUCCUGAGAAUCAAUCUCUUAUGAUUUUGGUGUCUUGCUUUGUGAAAACCUCACGUUUUGAAGAGUACCUUUGUGUCAAGGAAACAAUAAUGUUGGAUCUUCUGAGGGUUAUUAGUCAUCAUCGGGCACGGCUUGCCACACCAAUCCGCACAAUUCAGAAAAUACAUACCAAUGCUGAUAUUGACAAUGUGCCAAUCGCUGGAGCAGCUGCUGAUAACCGUCCAUUGCUUUUGAUCGAGCCCUCUUAUAAAAUCAACGGAGAUGAUAAAGCCAAGGCUUCAACUCGUACAACAACACGCACAAAUGAAGAAAAAGAAGCUCAGGUGGAAGCAGCCUCAACAUCGGACUCAAAGACGGAUGUCAAGGGCAGAUCUACUACAAUUCUUGAUGAGACCAAAAUAGAUGAUAAAGGCAAGGUUUCAGCAGCGUCGACAACCGAUUCCAAAACUCCAAAUCCAGGGUCAGUUGGUCUAGUCCAAGACUCAGAGAAGCAGAACUUGAAGAAAACUGCACCAGAUGGGGCAAAAAAAGUGAUUUCUGUUGACAAACCACCUCUUAUUUCCCAAGAACCGAGCAGUGUAAAAACAGACACUCCAUUCAUUUCACACGGAAAGCAAGACAGUGCGAGGCCGGCUGCAUCACCUUCGGUGGCUAGGCCUGCCUUGGAAGAUAACAUUGUUCUUGGUGUUGCGUUAGAGGGAUCGAAACGAACACUCCCAAUUGAGGAAGAAAUAACUCCAUGCACAAAUGCAGAACUGAGGGAAUUGGCUGCUUCCUGGAAUGGGAAUGGAUCUACCUUGGUUGGUGUAGAUAACAAAGAUGAUCAGAUUCCGGCAAAGAAAGGUGAUUGACCUGGAUGAAAAGCGAUCCUAGAAAUGCAUGAAGCUUGUGUUUUUUGAAGUUCGCAUCAUGCAAUGUAUAUCUAUUUUUUCGCUCAAAUUCUUCGAGGAUUGUAAAUCAUUGUUGAAUUAAAGAAUUUGUUGAUCAACAUAGCAUUGGCAAUCAAUGAGAGUUUAUUAAUGUUUCAA